GUCCCGACUCCGGGUGCCGUCGUGUGCACUUGUCAGUGGUCGUUGGGAGUUGAGGGGGCUGUAGGCCAGAGUGCCGAGCAACAACCGAACCUUCACAGGGCGGUUGUCGAGGACAAGAUCGCGAUAAACUCGCAUUGCAAUUAUGGGUCAGUGCGGGAUAACAUCAUCCAAAACCGUGCUGGUGUUUUUAAAUCUGAUAUUCUGGGCGGCAGCAGGGAUCCUUUGUUACGUUGGUGCCUAUGUCUUCAUUACAUAUGAUGACUACGAUCACUUCUUCGAAGACGUCUACACGCUGAUACCUGCUGUUGUCAUCAUAGGGGUCGGGGCGCUCUUGUUUAUAAUUGGUUUAAUUGGCUGCUGUGCCACUAUCCGUGAAAGCCACUGUGGCCUGGCAACAUUUGUGCUGAUUCUACUGAUAGUUUUCAUCACAGAAGGAGUUGUCGUAGUACUUGGCUACAUCUACAGAGCAAAGGUGGAGGAUGAGGUUGAUGACAGUAUUCAGAAAGUGUAUAAUGAAUACAAUGGAACAUACCCGGAUGCUGCCAGCCGUGCGAUUGAUUAUGUACAGAGACAGCUGCGCUGUUGUGGUAUCCAUAAUUACUCUGAUUGGGAAGAUACACAGUGGUUCAAACAAACCAAGAAUAAUAGUGUGCCAAUUAGCUGCUGCAAAUCAGGCAUCAGCAACUGCACAGGCAGCAUGAACCGUCCUUCAGACCUGUAUUCUGAGGGAUGUAAAGUUCUGGUGGUGAAGAAGCUGCAAGAAAUCAUGAUGUAUGUUAUUACAGCUGCUCUCGGAUUUGCAGCGAUACAGUUGCUGGGCAUGCUGUGUGCCUUUGUUGUGCUAUGCAGGAGGAGUGGAGACCCUGCCUACGAACCGCUUAUUCCUGGAGGAACCUACGCAUAAUCUGCUUCCUGGGUAUUCUUUUUCUUUUCCCAGCCUUCUGCCCUAUUCCCCACCCGCUUCCAUCACCAAUCCCCAAUAACCCCUCCUACUUGGAAUGGGUCAGCCAUUCUUGCCACUGGAAGUUCAGAGACCAUGUCUGUGGCACUGAAGUGGUUCUCCCUUUUUGUGUAUAUAAAGUAAAUUUAAAGCACAUCUUACAGUCUGAACUGCUGGGGUUAAUCACCCACAAGUGUACACACAAUAGGUAUAUCUGAGGCUCUGUAUCUAGACGAGAUUAAACAGUACAAAAAUGACUAAUACGGUAGAAAUCCAGGAAACUGAAAUCAGAAGUAACUAACAAUUGUCUCAAAAACCUGAUCUUCCAAGAUUUAAGCAUCAACUCUAAUCUAUAAACUGAAUUUUGUUUUAGUUUUACUGUGUACGAUCAAGGUAUUUUACAUUGUAUAGUUUUCUUUCCCAGUUUGCUGUCUUUGUAGUGAGUUCUGAUGGGAAGUUUUAAGUUGUCUCUUAAAUAAUGCAACCUUGUAGCAAGGAAUACAGUCUGUGAACCGAACUGAAUUAAAUGAAAAUAAAGAUUGUUGAAACUGAA